ACUUGUUAGUGGUGUAUUUUCGUUUUAUCGAAUGUGCAUUUUAUAAAAAAAUCAGUGCCUUCGUAUCCACGUAUGGUGCAUGCAUGUUUGCAUAACUAGUACAGAAGAGGUCUUCCUUUUUUUACCAAAUAGUUUCCUUAUCAUGUAUUAUCAGGAGACAUCAAAAUGUGCCGUGAAAGUGCUAGAGACAGAAUAAUUACCCGUCACCAGCCAUAUUCAUAUGUGUUCUUUUGUUAUGACAAUUGUGAUAUAAUUCUCGUGGAAUAUAGUGCCAAGGUGAAGUGAUAUCUCGCUUUGUUGCGCUUCUACACCGUCAUUGGUGUUUCGUACAAGAUUCGUUCCACUACGAAAUAGAUUAAAUGAAAGGUCAUACAGUCGUGUUGCAGCCGGGACAGAGGUGAGGGGAGGCCAGGCGGAGAUCGAAGAAGGGAUGAAUGGAACGGCGGCGUUGCGUCGCUGCGCCGGGGGUGGCGGGUCCGCCGCCGGGGAUGGAACCAUAGAAUCAGUACGCGUCGACAUCCAUGUCGUCAAGGACAACGCCGGAUACGGGAUGAAAGUCUCCGGCGAUAACCCCGUCUAUGUUCAGUCUGUGAAGGAAGGCGGUGCAGCCGAGAAAGCUGGCCUUCACGCAGGCGACAAAAUCAUCAGGGUUAACGGUGUGGAUGUAAGGCAGUCCACGCAUACGGAUGUUGUACAGCUCAUAAAGUCUUCGACGCAUGUGGCACUGACUGUGCAGAAGAAGCCAGUUGCGACGAGCAGCGCGGCGACGACGUCCACGGGGCUACAGGUUGGUCUGGCGGGUGGGCAGUAUCAGCGACCAGUCAGUCUAUCAGCCGGUACUACCAUGGUAUCACCCUCACAGCCGGCAACCUCUCUGCACAGGGCGUCGACUGCUCCAGCAGCCGGCGCACCGUGUAAUGCACGUAUCACGGGGCCUCAACCUGUUGAUCACGAGAAAAAGCGACAACUGGAAACUCAGCGCGUUCAUACAUUCCAGCUUAUGUUGGAGAAGGAACAAAGUUACGUUGAUAAGCUUCGUAGCGAACUUGCUAAAGCCAGUACUGGUAGUGGUAAUGUUAACGUUGUAGCACUACAAGCAGAAUUGGCGGGCGCAGAAAGGAGAGUGCGCACCCUGCACGAACAGCUAGCUGCAAUUACUACCAAUGAACAGCUUUGCUCGUUGGUAACAAACACCUCGUGUUCCCCGGGUUAUUAUUCACCCUUGAGUAGUGGUGAUGUACCACCGCCUCUACCAUCUCGUAAAUCCUUGUCCAUGCAAAGCCUGUCUCCACCACCAUUGCCUCCCAGACCUCCGCCUACUACAAAUACGCACAACGUAGCCCAGUUGGAGCUGGAGCGUCAUCUGUUGACUCAUUUAACGCCCUCAACCACCAGUCAUGGCAUACCUAACUCUCUUUCACAGGGUGCAAAUUUGGGUUCCUCAAAUUCACUCAAUAAGCAUCAACGAACAAAAUCCAGUCCAGAACAACUAGGAACAACAACUAUUUCUCCAUCAGAUGCUAGUAGACGUUUAAUAGCAUCAGAAUCAAUGAAUGAUCUUUCUCCUCCAAGGCAUGUUAGGCAUAGCGACAUUGAUAUAGAUGAAUUAACUCAUAUCACCCCUCCAGGAACUCCACCUCCACCAUAUCCAGUUGCUAGUCCAGGAAAUGAUACCUCUAGCUCUACUAUAAAUGAUAUGAUAUUAAAUGAAAGCAUUCCUGGAUUGCUAACAUUACAGCAGCCAAUCAUGUCAAUGGAAGAUGAUGAUAUGAGUGAUCAAGAAGUUGGGCAGUUAGAAGAUCACGGCCCAUUUAAAUCUUUGUCUCGAUUAUGGGGACAUCAUGCACAUCUUGCUGUAUUUAUUAAUUACGUUUUAUCAAACAGUGAUCCCUCCAGUCUGUUGUUCUAUUUAGUAACGGAUCUGUACAAAGAAGGCAAUGCAAAAGAGAUGAGAAAGUGGGCAUAUGAAAUUCAUUCUAGUUUUUUAGUACCUGGUGCACCUCUUCGUCUGCAUAAUGUAGACGAAAACGUAGCACAUGAAAUAGACGAUGUUCUUUUGAAAGAAUCUGACAAAGAAGAGAUUCUACGAAAAAUUUUCUGGAAAGCUCGUACACGAGCAAAGGAAGAACUGAACGAGCAACUUGCAGACUUUCAACAAAAGAGAACUGCUGGAUUAGGUACGUUAUUCGGUCCAAGCGACGCUCAAUUGGAUGAAAGUGCAUCUGACAAGGCGCGAGAAACAAAAAUCAUAGAAACAUACCUCUUACCUAAGAUGGAGCCUUAUUUAGAAGAUAUAGAAAAAGAACAGGUAGAUUUGCGACAAUUUACAACAGCAGCUGGUUUGGCAACGAUAUUAACAAAAAUUUUCCAAGUCCGACCAGUAUCACUUGACCGAGUACCUACUUUUGUCGCAAAAGAUAAGUCAAAUCUUAAAGCGCGUUUGCUUACGGGAAAGACAAGAAAAAUGACAAUCAGGGGUCAUCAUUUUGUAGCUCAUCAGUACUUUACUAUUACUUAUUGUAAUCAUUGUCAACUUAUCAUUGGCGGAAUUGGACCUCAAGGAUAUUUAUGUAGUGAUUGUUCUCUGAGUGUCCAUCGUCAGUGUGUUCGUGUAGUAGAAGAAAAUUGCCCCGGCCCAUUGGUUCGAAAGGAAAGAGGAAAUGAUCGUAUAAGCAAAUUGAUGGAACGUAUCAGGCCCGAAAGGAAACCUCCAUCAUCACAUCAUCACCAUCACUCUCAAAAUCAUAUGCUUCAUAUUGACAAAAUUAAAAGGAGUGAAGAAGAUACUGGUGCACUGACUGAUGGAGAAAAUGGAGAACAUCGCGGGGGCGGCCAAGCCGGAAACGCGCGGAGUAGUAGCGAAAGAGGACGCAUUUCCGCUUACAGCGGAGUCUCCGAUCACGCCGAUAGUAUGGACAAUCCUUCCUCGCGGGAAGAUAUUUCAGAAAUGGUGCAGCAAAAUAUUUCCAGUAAGCCAAAGACGUCAAACAUAAACAGGUCUGAAAGUUACAAGGAGCGGAUACAUCAUAAGCGACAGCUACGAGAAAAGAGGAAGACCAGCGAUCCGAAUCUCUCCAAAACAAAGGCUGGUUUCAGUGACUGCGAACCUGCCGGGACGUUUCCCGGAAACUCAGCGGGCAGUUCGUCGAAUAGCAGCUUGUCGACGAGAAGUCUGGAUAGUCCGAGUACCAGCCUGGAGCAAGUGCACCCAGCCACCUCGGCGACCAACACAUCGACCUCGUGGGACAGCGAUGUUGAUGUUGAACCGGAUCCACCUGACUGGAGUCAGGGUGUCGCCGAGGAUGUCCUCUCCCGCCUCAGCAAUGCGGAGAAAAAGCGACAAGAAGUCAUCAAUGAACUCUUUCACACAGAGCGAUCUCACGUGCGAGCGCUGAGAGUGCUGUCGCACGUUUUCCACAAGCCGCUCCUCGAAUCUCAAGUACUUCCGUUAGACCAAAUACAGUUACUGUUUUCUAAUUUAGAUGAAAUGGUAACGAUUCAUUCGCGGUUCAAUCAAACGAUGAAACGCAAGAAGAAGGAGACCCCGUGCGUGGGCGAUGUUGGCGACCUGCUAUUGGAAAUGUUCGACGGUGAGAACGGGGAAACCUUCGAGAGGGCUGCAUCCACCUACUGUGCGAAACAGCAAGUGGCCCUUGACGCUCUUAGAGAUCGUCGUCGCAAGGAUCCGAAAUUGAAUUCCUUCCUGAACGAGAUCGAGGCGAAUCCCCUUUGUCGAAGGCUACAGCUCAAAGAUCAUAUCCUAACGGGGAUGCUUAGACUGACCAAAUAUCCUCUGUUAUUCGAGAACCUGGCGAAAUACACGCCGGAGAGUAACGAGAAAGAGCGUACCGCGGUUUUAAGAAGUCUCGAUCGUAGCAAGGAAAUUCUUAGCUGCGUUAAUCAAGCGGUACGCGAGGCUGAAGAUUAUCAGAGGCUGGCAGAGAUCCAGCGUACGAUCGACAGAUCAGCGUUUGAAAAGUUCGAUCAUCCGACCGUUCAAGAGUUCAAGAAUUUGGACAUCACUAAACGUAAAUUGAUCUACGAAGGUCCGUUGCAGUGGCGUAGAACUGAGCAGAAUCGGGCUAAGCCCGUUGAUUUGCAUGUAGUACUGCUCGACGACACGAUACUGCUGUUGCAUCGACAAGACGAAAAGUACCUGCUAAAGUUCAUCAACAUGAACCAAGCGAACUCCGUGUUGAGUCCUAUUGUGAAAGUGUCCACCGUCCUCGUUAGGCAUAAUGCCGUGGACAAAAAUUCCCUCUACCUGGUCAACACUUCACAGAACGGAGCGCAGAUCUAUGAUUUAGUGGCAGCCUCGCCCGCGGAACGAAAACUAUGGUGUAAGCAUAUCUCCGAGGCAGCUGAAGCAUACAAGGCUCGUGAUAAGCAAGGUAGACGACCUACUCCACCCACUACACUGCCAGAAGAACCUGGACCCAUGAUCGAGGAUCCUUCUUCGACGGAACAUGACAAUAUUCCUGAUAAGACGGAUCAGGAACAGGAGCAAGAAUCUGAACCGAAGGAACCUGUCCAAGAUACUAGCGUGGAACAAGAGGGAGAGACGCCUAAUACCCCUGGACCUGAUAUCACAAGAACUGAACAAGUGAUACUGCAACAACAGCAACCGAACACGUCUGAACCUCCUACAACAGUAGGUACAGGAGAACCACUACGAUUGGUUACUUGUACACAAGCAUCGUUAAUUGAUCCGCUCGAAGUUCACGUUGAAGUACCACCAGUACACGUUGCGGAACCGGUGCUUACACCUAUAGAAUGUCUCAGGAGAAAAGACGAAAUAAUUAAACAAGCAUUGAUCGAAAAACAAUUAUUGGUAGCAGAUAUCUUAAAUAUUCCAAAAGAAGACUUCGAACAUGUGGCAGAUAUGGCGUCUGAGCCAUCAAGCAUGGAAAAAGAACCUGCUGAGCUUAUACUGGCUGCUAUUAGUCAAGCGAAUCAAUUGGUAGGAAUGUUAAAUUCUGCGUUAAACGUAAGCGAAACAGAAACUGUUCUUGCAUCACGUGGAGCAUCUGCAUUAACAACACCAUCAAGCUGUGAGGCAACUGGUUGUCCAUCGCCACGAAUGCAUCUUCAUCCUCAACAACCAGCAAUAUCAAUUGCGAGCUUACAACCAGUAUGUCACUCUUUGACGUCUCAAUUGUCGCAACUACUGGAAAUUAUAAAAGAAAGGGAAGAGGAACGAGAAACGUUGAGAAAAGAAUUGCGCAGAAGUAGAGAACGUCUUCAUGCUCUUGAUGCAGAUAUACAACGUCGCGAAUUUUCUGAAACAUGCACCACAUCGAUCCAAACACAAACAGAACCCGGUGAAAUUUUAAACAAGGAUAGCAGUAUCGACGAUCCCAUUCGUGAUGAGUUUGUGGAUGCACGAGGUGAAUCCGAAACGAACGAAGAAUUGGAACAUACAGAACAUGAGACAGAAACAGAUGUAAUGGGAGAUAGUGUCGGUUGAAACGAGCGGAACAUUGUACUAAAUAAUGUCGACCAGGUGCAUUUCACGAGCAAGAUUGUUUCCAAAUGCUCAUACUGGAAGAAAUCAAAAUUAUGUAAAAAAUGACAAAUGGCGAGUAACUGU